GACAAUGUCACACGAAGCCGAGAAAAAAAAAGUGCUAUAAUACAACAAUUCACUAUUGUCAACUCACAUAGCCCCGAUCUAACCAAGAGCGGCAUUGACCACUUUUCCACUCUACUGCACCAUGGCAUCCAUCACUCUGCUUCCUGCAGUCCUCUCUCCCGCCCCCACCGACCGCGAAGCCAUCGCCGACACCAUCCACCGCUUUGCCCAGGGAAUAGACCACAAUGACGCACCGGUCUUCGAUUCCGCUUUCACCUCCGACGCCACCCUCUGCGUUAACGGCCCAACAUACAAAGGCCUGCCAGCCAUUCGGGAAAACUGCUUCGACGUCAUCAACAAGAUGGAUACCCUGCAUCAAGUCACCAACAUCCGCAUCAACAUUGCCGAGGACGGAGUCAAGGCCUCAAUGACCGCCUAUUGUCUUUCGCAGCACUUCCGUAGUGGGAUGGGAAUGAUGCCGGGCCAGGAACGGCUUUUAGCUGGGACUACGUACUCCGCUGAUCUUGUCAAGGAUGGAUCGAGUUGGCUGUGGAAGUUUGAAAAGUUGGUUUUGAAAAGUACAUGGGCGGAGGGAAACUGGGAUGUGAUUUUGGAAGCGCAGAAGUAGUAUGUUUUGAUAACAUUGGCAAAAGUAAAGUGAUAUAGAGAAGGAUCAUUACGAACUGUAACGGCCUUGUUUUUGAUUAUCCACCCUUCAGAACUUAAAUUGGCCCAUUUACGCAACUCUCCAGCUGAGAAGUCGCUUACUUUCAACGGUC